CAACGCAUCGGCUCCGCAUUUUACUUUUUAUAAUAUAAUUAUAAAAAAAAGCUACGGAUAUAUAUAUAACGUAAACACAGCGGGCAGGCACUGCAGACGUUUUUUAUCAUAUAUAUAUCCCAACAUCGGAGGAGCGAAGACGACGACUACGACGACGACGACGAGGCAGAGAGUGCACGGAUAUAGAUAAAAUUUUUAUAUUUAUUUUAAAUUAAAAAUUCGCAAUGUCGUUUCGCGUGGUCAGAAGCAGCAAGUUCCGCCACGUCUACGGCACGCCGCUCAAGCGCGAGCAGUGCUACGACAACAUCAGAGUGUCCAAGUCCUCCUGGGACUCGACUUUCUGCGCGGUUAACCCCAAGUUCCUUGCCAUAAUCGUCGAGUCGGCCGGAGGCGGUGCCUUCAUAGUAUUACCACACAAUAAGGUUGGUCGAAUACCAGCUGAUCAUCCUCUGGUGGGUGGCCACAAGGGACCGGUGCUCGAUAUAGCAUGGUGUCCCCACAACGACAAUGUCAUUGCCUCGGGCUCCGAAGACUGCGUGGUGAAAGUUUGGCAAAUACCCGAUGGAGGAAUAUCCAGAACACUCACAGAGUCUGUGGUGGAUCUGCAGCUCCACCAGCGCAGGGUGGGCCUGGUGCUGUGGCAUCCAACGGCGCUCAAUGUUCUGCUCACAGCCGGCUCGGACAAUCUAGUUAUUAUAUGGAACGUGGGUACUGCGGAUGCCAUGAUAAAAAUAGACUGCCAUCCUGAUGUUGUUUACUCGGCAUGCUGGAACUGGGAUGGUUCCAGACUAGUCACCACGUGCAAAGACAAAAAAAUCAGAAUUAUUGAACCUAGGACAGGAAACGUUUUGGAAGAAGCUGUUGCUCACGAGGGAAGCAAAGCUACGAGAGCUAUAUUUUUGAGGGGUGGUCUCAUCUUUACAACAGGAUUCAGCAAAAUGUCAGAGCGACAGUAUUCUUUGCGAGCACCAGAUAUGCUUGCAGAACCUAUAACCAUGUUGGAGCUUGACACCAGUAAUGGAGUCAUGUUUCCUCUGUAUGAUCCUGACACAAACUUAGUUUAUCUCUGCGGAAAAGGAGACUCAGUUAUUCGCUAUUUUGAAAUAACUCCUGAACCUCCAUUUGUUCAUUAUAUUAAUACUUUCCAAACACCUGAUCCUCAAAGAGGAAUUGGUAUGAUGCCUAAACGAGGAUGUGAUGUUAAUAGUUGCGAAAUCUCAAGAUUUUAUCGACUGAAUAAUUCUGGUUUUUGUCAAGUAGUUUCAAUGACUGUGCCAAGAAAGUCUGAACUUUUCCAAGAAGAUUUGUAUCCUGAUACUCCAGGAGACACAGCAGCAAUCACAGCGGAAGAAUGGGAAGCCGGUCAGGACGCAGAGCCUAUUUUUAUUUCAUUGAGAGAUGGAUAUCAGCCCACUUCUUCCAAAAACGAUCUUAAAGUUCAAAAGAAGACAAAUAUUUUAAGUAAAGCAAAAGUUGGUGCUAAUUCAACGAGUGCAGGUCAAGCAGCAUCAGGUCCUCCUGAUGACGUAAUUAAAGAGUUUGCUGAAGAAAUCAGAAAACUUAAAGCCAUGAUCGUGAAGCACGAGGGUCGCAUCCGAGUUUUAGAGUCUGCCGUAGCCUUACAAAUGAAAGAGCAAGACAGAAACGAGAAGUCUUCCUCGCCUGUCGAUACUAAAGAUUCACUAGCUUCCGAUGAAGUCUGAUCUUAUCAAGUAAAUAUUGUAAUAGGCGGUUAUAUUUUUAUAUCCUCUUUACACCACGGCAAAACAAUUAAAAUGUUAAAUACAUAAAAGUAGAACGUCCGUACUAUAUUUUGAUAAAUCGAUAGUUGUGUAUAUACUAGGUAACUUAGCGUAUAGGAGCGUGCUUCAAAAUCAUUUUCAUUUAGUGUCUUAUAAUUAAUACCUGUGUACAUUGUGCGCGUCUAUUUUUUUUUUGAUCGUCCUCUUAAUUUUCUUCUGUUUUUUAUUUUUGUCGUUUAUUUCAAAUUCUUUUAUCCGAUUUGUCCUUUCUCAUCUACUGCAUAUUCACAUUUUUGUAAUCUUAUACAUGAAUUUACCAUAAAUAAUAAUAAAUCGAAUCACUCAUCGUUACCUGUUAAUAGGAUAUUUACGUUCAUGUUAAUUCAUAUUAGUGUUACAAUGUUAUUUUUUGAGAUUUUCAUGUACAUGAGUGUGCUAUAACUGCCUCAAAAUUUCCGAGGUUCACAUGAACUUUUUGCAUAAGAACAGAAACUGAAGUGCCUUAUAAGAAAUUGUACAGAAAAAAUCUUUUGUAAAAUAACAAAUCUAACAAGUGGUUGUUCUCUAUACUGAUUUAUAUAACUUGACUUUACAAGCCUGUUAUUAAUAAAAAAAAAAAAAUUAACUGUUGUGAAUUGUCAUAUAAUAUUUUUAAAUUAUAAAUAAAAUAAAUUUAAGAUUGUCAAAUUGUAAGUUUUAAAUGCGUUUUCUUGAUUAAAAAUUAAUAACGAGUCUUUUUGAUUCAACUGGUUGAAAUAUAUGCAUAUUCAAUAUGUUUUAAUAUAACAAUUCAUGAUGCAUCAAAAAUUUUCUUCCUUUUGUCUUUCGUUAGAAACAAAUGGUUACAAAAAAAAAAAUAAUAAAGCGAAUAAAAAAUAACAACGAACAACGA